AUGGGGGACGGUGGCUUCCGUGGACUGGUGAGGAGGUCGCGAGAGAGUGUGUGUCUGCAGGACCUGGGAUUUCCCCUGAGGCGGGCGCUGUGGGCGAGUGCGGGUGGGGUAGAGAGAGUUCUGACCAGGUGUCACCUGUCCCUGUCGCAUCAGGACCCCGUGGCAUUUAAGGAGGUCGUUGUGCACUUCUCCUGCGGGGAGUGGAGGCUCCUUGAUGAGACCCAGAGACGCUUAUACCUCGAUGUGAUGCUGGACAAUUACACGCUCGUCUCUUCACUGGGUUGCUGCUGUGGAGCAGAGCGUGCAGAGGCCCCCUCUGAACAGAGCCUCCCUGUCAGCACGUUUCAAACCCAGGCUCCCAGGCCAUCCGCAACUGCCUCAUCUUCCCAGAAGACCCACCCCUGUGAGAUGUGUGGUCCAGUCUUAAGAGACAUUUUCCACCUGGCAGAGCAACAGGGCGCGCUGCACAGGCAGAAGCUGGUCAGAUGUGGAGCGUGUGUGAAGAGGUUUCAUCUCAGUGCGAGCCAUCAACAGCGCCAGGAGCAGCACGUGGAAGAGAAACCCUUUAGAAGCCGUGUGGACCAGGCCUCGCUGGGGAGAGUCUUCAAUGGCCAGGCGUCAGAGGUGCCCUGUGCCCGCGAGGACGACUCCAAGGACUGCAUGACCACCUCAGCCCCUCUCCACCCACAGAACGCUCAGGGUGGAGAGACGCUAGACAGAACCACCCAAUGCAGGGCAGCUUCACAGAGCAGCAAGAGUCCCUGCACGUGGCAGCAGCACAAGAGAGUUUUUGGUCCCAAGCGCACACUUGUCCCUGAUGUGGGUGUCCACGCUGGCAGACAGUGUUUUGUGUGCGGUAUGUGCAGGAAAACAUUCAGAUACAAAUCCUCACUUGUGGUGCACCAGAAACUCCACACUGGAAAGAGACCUCGUGAGUGUGGUGAUCGUGACAAGCCCUUUAAGCAGAGCUCAGUGCCCAUUCGGCAUCAGAGAAUUCACUCUGGAGCAAAGCAGUUCAAGUGCAGCAAAUGUGGGAAAGCCUUCAGCCAGAGGUCUCUGCUUCUCUGUCCCCAGAGGUGGCACUGCGGAGAGAACAGUUCUGUGUGUAGUGAAUGUGCUGGACCGUUUAGCUCCGCGUUCGUCCGACAUAGGAGAGCACAGGCUGUGGGGAAGGCUUACAAGUGCGGCGACUGUGGGAAAUCUCUUACUUCUCUGUCUGCCCUGAGUUACCAUCAGAAAUCUCACACGGGGGAAAGACCUCACAAGUGCGCCGAGUGUGGGAAGGCUUUUAUCUCUAGAGCUGACCUCCGUUAUCACCAGAGAGUUCAUUCUGGAGACAGACCUUUUGAGUGCAGCGAGUGCAGGAAGUCCUUCAUCACUCGGACAGCUCUCCGCUAUCAUCACAGAGUCCACACUGGAGAGAGGCCUUACGGCUGUGCUGAGUGCGGGAAGUCCUUCACUCGAAGAAAUAACCUGAUCAUACAUGUCAGAGUUCACUCGGGAGAAAGGCCCUUCGAGUGCAGUGACUGUGGCAAGUCUUUCACCUUCAGCUCCAGCCUCCGCUACCACCAGAGAGUCCACUCCGGGGAGAAGCCUUACGAGUGCAGCGAGUGCGGGAAGUCUUUCAACAAUAGGUGGACGCUCGUUCGGCACCGGAGAAUCCACACGGGAGAGAGACCCUACGUGUGCAGCAGCUGUGGCAGGUCGUUCACCUGCAGCUCCACCCUCCAGUAUCAUCAGCGGGGCCACCUUGGGGAGAGGCCCUACAGGUGCGGCGAGUGCGGGAGGUCCUUCACCACCGGCUCUGCCCUGCGCUACCAUCAGAGCGUUCACUCGGGAGACAGGCCCUACGCGUGCAGGGAGUGCGGGAAGUCCUUUAUCUCCAGGUCUGACCUCCAUUACCACCAGAAGGUUCACACAGGAGAGCGGCCCUUUGAGUGCAGGGAGUGUGGGAAGGCCUUCAUUAGAAGAAACAACCUUGUUCUGCACCAGAGAAUCCACACAGGAGAAAGGCCUUACGAGUGCAGCGAGUGUAAGAAGUCCUUCAACAACAAGUGGACACUCAUCCAGCACCAGAGGGUCCACACGGGAGAAAAGCCCUACAGGUGUGGUGAGUGCGGGAAGUCUUUCACCUGCAGCUCCACCCUCUGUUACCACCAGAGGGCUCACGCGGGGGAGAAGCCCUAUGAGUGCAGUGAGUGUGGGAAGGCUUUCACGUCCAGCUCCACACUCCGCUAUCACCAGAGAGCUCACACGGGGGAAAGGCCCUACAAGUGCCGGGAGUGUGGGAAGUCGUUCACUUUCAGCGCCAGCCUGCGUUACCACCACCGAGUGCACAGUGGAGAGAGGCCUUAUGAGUGCGGCCAGUGUGGGAAGUCCUUCAAGGACAAAUCCCAGUUCAACAAGCACCAGAGAGGUCACACUGGAGAACGGCCUCACACGUGUAGUGAGUGCGGGAAGUCCUUUAUCCACAAGUCUUCUCUCUCAAUUCACCAGAAAAUCCACAACAGAGACAGGUCUCACGAGUGCAAGGCCUGUGGGAAAUGCUUCACCUCCCUCUCUGGCCUUGCUUACCAUCAGAGAGUCCACAGAGGAGAAAAGCCGUACGCGUGUGGUGAGUGUGGAAAGUCCUUCACCAACAGCUCCAUCCUGAUCCGACACAGGAGAGUCCACACGGGUGAAAGGCCCUACGUGUGCGGCGAGUGCGGGAAGGCUUUCACCAGCAGCGCCACCCUCUCUUACCACCAGAGGGCUCAUGCGGGGAGGAGACCCUACGAGUGUGGCGAGUGCGGGAAGUCGUUCACCUCGAGCUCCACUCUGCGCUACCACCAGAGAGUCCACUCUGGAGACAGGCCCUACGAGUGCAGCGAGUGUGGGAAGGCUUUCAUCACCAGCUCGAAACUGCGCUACCACCAGAGGGUCCACACCGGCGAGAGGCCCUACGAGUGUGAGGAGUGUGGGAAGUCCUUCCGGGACAGCUCACAGUUCAGUCAGCAUCGGCGAGGCCACGCCGGAGUGAAACGUUACGAGUGCACUGAAUGCGGGAAGUUUUUUAUGCGGAAAUCCACCCUCUCUCAGCACCAGCGAGUCCACACAAGAGAAAGACCCUAGAUGU